UUAUUGUUAUAUUGAAUGUAUAAAACCAGUGCGAUUUAGUAGACUGAUGUAUUUGAGCCGUCUAUUGAGGAGAGGAGGAAGCUUCUCUGACCUGAAAUUUAUGCGGCCUUGGUUCGUCCUGCUCAGUUCAAGCCGUUCAAGGGUAAACCUUGCCUUGAGCUGUAAACAAUUUUGUUAUUUAUAUUUAAUAUAUAGUGCGCUUGCAUAUCAGGUUAUACAACGCGAUGGAAAAGGAGAGUAUAUUUAUAGAAAGGCUGGUGGCCCCCCUCAACAAAAAGGAGCGCUUGAUCUCCUUCUACAAGGAACAAAAAUUCGUAGAUUGCACUUUCAAAAUAAACGGAACCCAAGUAAGAGCCCACAAACUCAUACUGGCCUGUUGUAGUCCGGUUUUCGAGAAAAUGCUUUACGGAGAAAUGGCCCAGGAUGAAAUAAUGCUGUGUGAUAUAAGUGUAGAAGAAUUCAAUCAAGUGCUGGAACACAUGUAUACUGAUGAUAUCGAAAUUCAUUCCAUGACGAAUGCCUGGAGUCUCUUUUAUGUUGCAAACAAGUACCUGCUGGAUGAUUUGAUACAGGUUUGCCUCACUUACAUUCGAAAUAAUAUUACUAUGAAUAGCCUCUCUCUAACCUAUGAAUACGCUGAAAUGUAUGAUCUUCUCGAUAUAAAAAAAAAGUGUCUAGAUGAUAUGGUUAACUACACGGAGGGCUUAUUCAUUGGGGACUAUCACAUGAAACCAACUACUCUGAGGGCAAUUCUCCAAAAAGUUGAUGCCGACGGAGAACGUCUGUUGAAUUUACUUGCAAAAGUUAUAAAUUGGUGCAUUGUAGAAUGCGAGUUACGGAAUAUUCCAUCUUCUCCCAACAACAUUAAAGGAAUUCUCGACAAAGAAAAUAUUCUAGAGUUCUUUCAAGUGAACCCUCUAGAAUAUUCCAGGUGUCCGGAGUGUCAUUAUCCUCUGAACGAGGGCUUAGACGAAGUAGUGAAGAAAACUAUGAAAUUACUGUAUGAAGUACUGAUAUGGUGCAAGGAAGUUUACAGGAAAUGUACUCCCAAAUCCAUUCCCAAGACUUGCCGUAUGCGGAACGAGUUCAAAAUUGCAUGUAGACUAGAUCUGUCCACUAAUGAAGAAUUUGUUUCUAGUUUUAGUGUUGAUCGUGAAAUGAUCAUAUUUGGAGUAUUGAUGAAUACUCAGAUGGAACCUCCUCGAUUCUCCUUGAAAUAUUAUAAAGGGAUAAUUUCUUUGAGAAUAUGUGAAUAUCAUACCUCUAAAGAUAUCGUCAAACCGACGAUAAUUGAAGACUUUAUUCUUUACAGCUCUGAUUUUUAUGUAUCUUUGAAGAGCUUGGUAGUUCUCAAAGCAAAUAGGGUUUAUGAUUUGAGAAUCUCUCAUAAAAACUGUGAUAUGAAGGGUCCCUCUUCUCUGCCCUGCUUCUAUAUGAGUAACAAAUUAACGAGCCAUAAUAAAAAAGACACAAUAUCUUUUUAUGAGACCACAGGAGGUAUUAUAAAAGGGUUGUCCUUUUACCCAGCGUAAAUGUUUGUACUCGUGUUUGUUAAUUGAAAUGUGAUAUUAUUAGUAUUUUAAUUCUUUAUAGACCUGUAUCAGAGUGAUUUUAAGAGCUGAUCUUUUCGUUUGAUAGUUUAUUGUUGACUUUUUAAGGUGGUUUUUCAAAUAAAAUAUUUAUAUUUCGA